GGUGUACUGGUAUGAUAUUCUGAUGACACUAAUUUUGUAAAAUAUUUUUACCAAUUUUGAUAGUAGGACUAACUUUUGAUAGUUCCUAAGUUUACGGAUAAGUAUUCGCGGUUCAGUUGUAGCUGCGCGAUGAACCGUUUUCUACAACAAGUGGCAACAAUACUCAGUGGAUCAGGAAACGCGAGAAUAUAAAUGUAUAGAUGAUUAAUUAUAAUUGUACACGGUACUAUGCACAGUAAUAAUCCAUUUAUUAUACAUUUAAUUUGAUUAUAUCCCAACAAUUGAUCGCAUGUAAGAUUGUUGGACGUCAAAUUUAUGAUGGGUUAUGCAUAAUAUAUUGUAAUGCAUUGGUUUUUUUUUAAUAUCAUAUCAAGACAUGAUAUGCCUCCGAAACGUUUCAAAGACGUUGUACAAUAUCUUGAUUUUACUAUUGGUCGCGACAUUAAUAAGAGAUACGGCUACGGUUGAUAACAGUAGUAUUCCUCAGAAAUACAAGAGUGAAUUAUUUUUAUUCUGAUGUACGUAUGAUAAUUCCUACAGAUACUUGCUAACUUUGCCGAUAAUGUUCGCAGUUCACGUCUUGUAGUCGGAUUAACUGAUAAACCGUUUACCUGUAAGACGUAUUAACAAUACUUUGUAGUUAGUUGUUAUUUGGGAAACAUGACAAUACGAUUAAGAUAAUAAUUUAUAGUAAUUAUAAUUGUACAAUAAUAGUAGCGUAACAAAUAUCUAUAUUUAUAUGUACAUGUACAUGAAUGAACGAAACUCGGGAAUCAUGAGAUAACGCCAAUAAAACUAUGUCUGGCCGUAAAAAGAGACCUUCGCUAAAGGUUCAAAUGCCUGAAGCACCCACUGUCGUAAAUCUACCUCGUAAUUUAGAUAAACGUACUACGAUUACAAUCGGCGAUCAAACCACGACUGUCGAAGCGAGCGAUUUGCAGAAAAUAUGUGAUCUUGGACGCGGUGCCUAUGGUAUUGUGGAAAAAAUGAGACACAUACCUUCUGGAACGAUCAUGGCUGUCAAGAGAAUAGCAGCUACAGUAAAUACACAAGAACAGAAACGAUUGCUGAUGGACUUGGAUAUAUCGAUGCGUUCGUCCGCUUGUCCUCACACAGUACAAUUUUAUGGAGCUUUGUUCAUGGAAGGCGAUGUGUGGAUAUGCAUGGAAGUCAUGGAUAAUUCACUCGAUAAAUUCUAUGCCAAAGUGUAUAAAUUAGGCAGAAAAAUUCCUGAACAAAUACUUGGUCCUAUUACUGUGGCGGUUGUAAGUGCUCUACAUUAUCUUUAUUCCCAAUUACGAGUCAUACAUCGAGACGUCAAACCUUCUAAUAUACUGAUCAAUCGCAAUGGCGACGUCAAAAUGUGUGAUUUUGGCAUAUCAGGUUAUCUAGUCGAUUCAGUCGCCAAAACUAUUGAUGCUGGAUGCAAACCUUAUAUGGCACCCGAACGAAUAGAUCCCACCGGUAAUCCAUCAAACUACGACAUACGUAGCGACGUAUGGAGUUUGGGAAUAUCGCUCGUAGAACUUGCCACUGGCAAGUUUCCGUAUGAUACAUGGGGCACUCCGUUUGAGCAGCUCAAACAAGUAGUCAAAGAUGAACCGCCAAGACUGACCACUGGUAUAUUUACAUCAUAUUUUGAGGAUUUUAUUUGUCAAUGUUUACAAAAAGAUUAUCGAAGCCGUCCAAACUAUUCUCAAUUACUAGCCCAUCCAUUCUGCCUUGCCCACCAACAACCUCAAACUGAACUAGUCGCAUCAUUUGUAUCGGAAAUUCUAGAUUCGCCCGAUUCUUCUGUAACUGGUUAAUUAAUUUACAAGAAUUUGAUUCACUAAUUAUAAGAAUAUUAUGUGCUUAACAGUAGUAAUUAUUGUAUUUUGUUAUUACAAUUAGUUUUAACAACAAUAAUAAUCAAUAACAAUUAUUAUACUAAAAUAAACUCACACAACAUUUAUUUAUAUAUUUAAAAAAAAAAGUAUAUUUUAAAGUAUUUUUUAUUUUUAUUUGUAUAGUAUUAAUUUUAAUGUAUUUUGUGUUUUAGCAAUUAUGGUUUGUUAAUUUUUUUUUUCAUUGCUUCAUAUUGUGUCAUUUAAGAUAAGCCUAUUAUAGUACGUAGCACUGGCUGUUAUACUGGCUAUGUCAUUUUUACUGUACUAUAGUUAAAUCAUUUAAUACUUAUAUUCUGAAAUUGUAUCAAACACUGUACCUGUUUCAUUAUUAAUUUACAUUAUUGUUUAUGCAACAUGCCCAUGCCUGUGUGUAUGUUGAAAUUAUUUGUUUUGCCCGAUAUUUAA